AAAUGCAUUUCAGUAAUGCUUGCAUGCAUUUAUUUCAGAUCAGCAUUGAGCAAGUGGAGGUAAUGACGGAUGAAGAUUUUCAGAAAGUUGGCUUGAAUACGAUUGGAACUCGCAUUAAAAUUAAACAAGCCUGUAGGAACUUUUUGAAAGGAAAUCUGCAAUCCCAAGUGGUGGAAAAGUACGUUGAACUAUCACAACCUAGAAAGAAGAAAAAGGUGCGCAAUGAAAAACGAAACAUUCUUAGAAAUGAGAAGCCAACAAGGCGAUUAUAUAUAGGGUGGAAACACAAAGCAACAGGUCAUUUUAAAAUAGUUUCAGCUAGCAAGGGCGGUGGGCAACGGUUAUUGGAUGUCAGGAAAGAUAGCUCAUAUACUGAACUGGUUAAGUUGAUAUGUGACUGCUAUUUUCCGAAUGGUUACAGCAAAUGGCAGGGUUUGAGUAUCAAUGAUGUAACGUAUUUCAUUGGAAACUUCACUGGUUAAAUUUCUUCCCUUUGU